AGGGGGAGAGGGACCCGGCGGCGAACCCAGAGCCGGGAAUGCCCGCGGUGCGGGGCCCCAGAGCUGCCCCGUGGCCGCGUCCCGGCCAUGGCUCUCCGUCUGGUCACCGACUUCGAUCUCGGAAAGGACGUGCUUCCGUGGCUGCGAGCGCAGCGGGCGGCGGGCGCUGGGGUCCGCGGAGGCGGCGCAGGUGUUUUAGAAAAUAAUUAUGAGAGCUUACGUGUGUUAAAUGUUGAAAGAAAUGGAAACAUAAUCUAUACCUAUAAGGAUGAUAAGGGAAAUGUCGUCUUUGGAUUAUAUGAUUGCCAGACCAGACAAAAUGAGCAUCUCUAUACGUUCGAGAAAGACUUGCAAGUUGUCAGUUGCUCUGUCAACAGUGAGAGAACUUUGCUUGCUGCAAGUUUAGUUCAAUCUACUAAAGAAGGAAGAAAGAAUGAGCUUCAACCAGGAUCCAAGUGCUUAACUCUGUUGGUUGAAAUCCACCCGGUCAACAAUGUGAAGGUUCUGAAAGCAGUGGAUAGCUAUGUUUGGGUUCAGUUCCUCUACCCGCAUGUUGACAGUCGUUCCUUUCCAGAGACCCGUCUGGUACUGAUUUCAGAGGAGAAGUAUAUUGAACAAUUUCAUAUCCAAGUCAUUCAAGAAGAUGGAAAUAGAGUGGUGAUUAAAAAUUCUGGCAAUGUCCCAAAAGAGAGAAUAGCAGAGGAUUUCGUUUGGGCUCAAUGGGAUACGGCAGAGCAGAGAUUAUACUACAUUGACCUGAAGAGAUCAAGGAGUACCUUAAAAUGUAUCCAGUUUUGUGCUGAUGAGAACUUUAACCUAAUGUUUGAAGCACCUUUGGACAUAUCAUUAAGUGACUCAGGAUUUAAACUUGUCAACUUUGGCUGUGGUUAUCUUCAAGAUCAAGAGAAGUUAUGCAGAUACCCGACUCUGUGCGUUUUUACCAACCGUACAGGAAGUUUAUGUGUGUGCUACAGCCCGAAGUUUGACUCUUGGGAACAAAUCACGUAUUCAGUGUUUUACUUUCAUAAAGGGUACAGCAAGACCUUUACUGCUGCUCUUGGGAGUUCGCACUCACGGGUGACAAAGGGCAUUACUUUCCUUAACCUUGACUAUUACGUGGCUGUUUACUUACCUGGUCAUUUCUUUCAUCUACUUAAUAUUCAGCAUCCAGACCUGAUCUGCCACAGUCUGUUUUUGACAGGAAACAAUGAAGGGAUGGAUAUGCUACCUCAUGGACCACUGCAGUCACUGUUGGGGUCCCUGGUGCUGGAUUGGUGUUCGGGGAAGCUCUACAGAGCAUCCCUCAACCAGUCCUAUUUGUUAGGGCUCCUGUGGGACACACGGCCAGACUGUGAGAAGAUGGCCGUGUUGCACUGCGUGCUCUCAUGUGGCCGAGACCCGGAGUUUCUGGAAGCCCAGAUUAUUCAAUGGAUUUCUGAGAACAUCUCUGCCUACCAUUCAUUUGACCCCAUUCAGGAAUUUAUAAUUGCGUCUUCAUAUUGGAGCAUAUACCCAGAGACAAGUAACAUGGAUAAACUUUUGCCAUAUUCCUCAGUGCUCACUUGGAAUACAGAAAUUCCUGGAAUAAGCCUUGUGACGGAAGAGAUCACGUUGCCUCUGAUGAAGGUGCAUAGCUUUAAGAACUAUUGGGAAAAACUGAACGCCAACCUGGAAUAUGUUAAGUACUCCAAGCCGCCCUUACACUAUAACAACAGCAUGGUCAGGAGUGAGUGGCACAGCCUGAUCUCAGAAGAGAAAACAGGAAAAAGAAGGUCCAAGGCGUAUGUGAGGAAUAUUCUUGAUAAUGCAGUAAAGGUGAUUUCUAACCUAGAAGCAAGGAAUUCAGAGCCAAGAGUGACACCCCUCUUGCAGGAGGAAGACAGCCACCAGAGGCUGCUUGUGGGGCUGAUGGUGUCUGAACUAAAAGACCAUCUUUCGAGACAUCUACAGGGUGUGGAAAAGAAGAAAAUUGAACAGAUGGUUCUGGACUACAGUUCAAAACUGGUUGGUUUUGCUUUCUGUUUUCCAUCCCCCAAAGCCCAGCUGGACGUCAUUUGCCAAAUACUGGAAACCAGUUGGAGGAAACAUAAUCUUCAUCCCUCGGUUCUCCACUUCAACAGGCGGGCUAGUGCUGCUGAAUCUGCAGUCUUCCACAUCAUGACCAGGAUUUUGGAAGCUACUAACAGUUUGUUUUUACCUCUGCCUCCUGGUUUUCACACUCUGCACACGAUCCUGGGCGUCCGCUGUCUCCCUUUGCAUAACCUGCUGCAUUACAUCGAUGGCGGGGUGCUGCUCCUCACAGAAACGGCUGUCACGAAGCUCAUGCAAGAUCUGGACAACACAGAGAAAAAUGAGAAACUGAAAUUCAGCAUCGUUGUGCGGCUUCCUCCGCUCAUUGGUCAGAAGGUCUGCCGACUUUGGGACCAUCCUAUGAGUUCUAACAUUAUUUCCCGGAACCAUGUGAGGCGGUUGCUUCAGAACUAUAAGAAGCAGCCUCAGAGUUCUAUAACUGACAAGUCGUCAUUCAGUAUGGAAUUUCUGCCUCUGAACUACUUCAUUGAAACACUGACAGAGAUAGAGUCCUCCAAUCAAGGCCUGGAUGCUUUCAUAGGACAUGACAACGUGGAUGCAAAAUUUGUGGAGGAAGCAGCUCUGAAACACACCACAAUGCUUUUAGGCUUAUAAAAAAGAAAAUAUAAUUGUGUCAGCUUCCAAGUUUUACUCUUGCUCAUUAGCUCUACUUCUACUGAGAAUUCUCUAGCAGUAUUUGAAACUGGUUACCAAAAUCAGAAUGCAUUGCUGAGCCACUGAACGUCAGCUUGGUACUUGUUCAGACUGAAGUCAACUGCUGUCCCUCAUCCCAGUUUUGGACAGCCGAUGACAGCCACGUGUGGAGACAUGACCGCCAGCCCCGGAGGCAGGCAGUGGCAUAAAGGAUGCUCUUCCUAGUGGCCACAUAGGCCAAAAGCUGGUUUCUGUCGCACUCGGAAAUAAUCUAUGCUUUAAAAAUGUAGGGACUAGUGUGUAGAAAAACAAACACUAGUAAGUGUCAUUGAAAAUAACGUAUGACAAGUGGAAAAAUUAAAUGUAUGUGUAAAGAGGAUAGCUUUGAAAAAACUGAAUUUGGACUAAGUCAUAUCUGCUAUUUCCAGUAUAGAAAAAUUUGUAACAUACAGCAAUUUGUACAUACUGUCUAUUCAGAGUAAGAUUUUACUUUUUUUUUUUAAAUAUAUUUUAUUGAUUUUUUACAGAGAGGAAAGGAGAGGGAUAGAGAGUUAGAAACAUCGAUGACAGAGAAACAUCGAUCAGCUGCCUCCUGCACACCCC